CGCCCGUCCAUCGACUUGAAAUCGGAUAGCCCUGCUUGCUGCAAUACCUACUUUUCUGUGCCGUCAACGUCGAGAUGAACCACUUCCCUCCAGAGCUUCUCGGGCCAAUCUUCCUACUCGCAUGUACAGAUGGCGGUCGUACUGGCUGCGCCCUCUCGCGUACUUCCAAAUAUUUCCGCGCCGUAUCUAGGCCGAUGCGCUUCCACUCCGUCGCGUUGAUCUCGGGCGAUCCAUCGCAGGUCGUCCAGUUCUUCGCUUGCUAUACCGCUGAGUGCGAGCGCACACCAGAGAUGAAGCCCCGAGUGCGCCAUCUUUGCCUGUCAUCCGCACGGAAAGAGCAGCCACCAGCGAGCGCGGAGUCCGGCGGGGAGUCUGGUACACAGUACCAGAGCACGGAGGCGCAGAAGGAGGCGCAGCGGUACCUCCGGGACGUCAUGUUCCUCAUCCAAACGCUCGCCUCGGACCUGGAGAUCCUCUGCUUGAUCGACCCGGAGCAGCCCCAUACCGGCUUCGAGGAGACCCUCCACCUUCCCACUCUGAAGACUGCCGGCUUCCCCCGCCUUCUCGAGCUCGUCAUUAUCGGGAGGGAGCCCACCAUAGAGCCCACGUCCAACGCGUGCAUCCCGCUUUACCCUCGUCUGCAGUCGCUCCGUCGGGUCAUCCUGCCUCAGCUCCGCCGCCUGUACCAACUCGCCCUGGCGAAGCACCAGACGAUACGUGUUUGGAAGAAGCGCGCGCCGGUCCUUGUCGACAUUGGCGUCCUCCAUAUGAACGACGUGCACUUUGAGGCGAAUUCGGCGCAACUUUUGCAAAAGGUGAUGAGGGAGCGGAGGAUCCAGUUAUCGCCAGCCUUGUCGGAGCUCAUCGCCUCUUCGUCGCCACGUCGGCGCCGCCUCUCCGUUUCUUCCGAUCCUUGUGGGUAGAGCUGAGGACGCCAGGAGCAUCAGGAAGACGUCUGAGGGUUAGGUACACAUGGAGGCCCUGCGCCUGGAAGGACCCCUUUCCUCUGUCUUGUUACGUACAACUAUUUAUUCUCAC